AUGGCCCCGUCAGUACUAGCGGAUCAGCAUGAGCAUGCGCCCGUCGCAGUCGCGGCCAAGUCGCUCGAUCGCAAAGUAAUCACGGCCUCACACGCUAACCCGUCAUUACAAGUGACGGCGGAUCAUAAACUCAAGUCUGUUGAGGCGCCUAUCUAUGCGCCCGGGCAGGGAGAAGUGCUGGUACACAUCAAGGCCACUGGUAUCUGCGGGUCGGAUAUACAUUUCUGGAAGACAGGCCGUAUUGGAUCGUUGGUCUUUGAGGGUGAUUGCAUCAUCGGCCAUGAGGCUUCAGGAAUUGUUUUGCAGUGUGGUGAGGGUGUGAGCCACCUCAAGCCAGGUGAUCGAGUGGCCGUUGAGCCCGGUGUUCCUUGUGAACACUGUUUCCUCUGUGAUGAUGGGCGUUACAACCUUUGCGAAGACGUCAAAUUCGCCGGAGUCUACCCAUACCACGGCACAAUCCAGCGAUACAAAGUGCACCCAGCAAAGUGGCUGCACAAGCUUCCCGACAACGUCACAUUCGCCGAGGGAGCUCUGCUUGAGCCUCUCUCGGUGGUUAUGCACGGUAUUAAGACCGCAGGACUCAGCCUCGGCCGUGGUGUCGUAGUCUGCGGUGCUGGUCCUAUCGGAUUGAUUGCUCUGGCUGCUGCUCGCGCUUCUGGUGCUCAUCCUAUUGUGAUCACGGACCUGGAGCCCUCGCGGCUGGCGUUCGCCAAGGAUUUUGUCCCCUCAUGCAUCACCUACCAGGUUGACCGGACCAAGGAUGCCGAGGGCAAUGCACAGGCUAUUCGUGCCUUGUUUGGUGAGACUGAGUACGUUGCACCGGAGACUGUUCUCGAGUGUACCGGUGUUGAAAGCAGUGUUUGCACUGCUGCGUAUGCUGCCCGACGGGGUGGUACGGUGAUGGUUAUUGGAGUGGGCAAGGCAAUUAUGAACAAUCUGCCUUUUAUGCAUAUUUCUCUCGCAGAGAUCGAUCUGCGCUUCAUCAACCGCUACCGAGACACAUGGCCACCGGCUAUUCAAUGUUUGAGUGGCGGUAUCCUGGAUUUGAAGAAGCUGGUUUCACACGUAUUCCCAUUGGAGAAGGCAGAGGAUGCCCUGCAUCUAUGUGCUGAUCCCCAGAAUGGCAGCAUUAAGGUCCUGGUGGUGGAUGAGGAGGAAGCUUCUCUAUAG